AUGGAAACAGUAAAUAACCUCGCAGCCGCAGCCUCCAAAGCUAUCUGGGGCGAAACAGAAUCUCAAGAAACGACUGAGGCGGCGAAGGGAACGGUGGUGCCAGAGACACAAGGAACCGAACCGGUUAGUGGGGUGUUGGGGGAUACGGCGAAGGGUGAACCGUUUGAUGGGGGGAAUAUGGAUUCCACAUCUACGGAAAACACGGUACCAAAGAAGAUAAAUGAUCCAUCCGUUACAGCUUCUUCAAGUGGUCACGGUGCAAAGUCCCUCGAUCCCUCCUCCACCACUCAUCCAUCCUCUUCCACCGGUCUCCCCGCAAAAACAAUCGCAGAUACCAAUAUCGCUCCUCUAGACGACAAUAAUAUCCAUACCGGAACAUCUACAUCUACAACCGACUCAGGAUCUUCUUCUAGCUUCAAAACUACAGACGAGAAACCUUUGAUUUCAGACAAGAUCAAUCCGAAUUUACCCUCCUCAACCUCUACAUAUGCUACCACAGAUCGCACUGCUCAGGAACAAUUAAACCCCUCUACCUCCACCACUCUCCCUAUUCGCUCUGAAUACAAGACGGAUAAGACGGGGGUCACAGGGGCUCAUGGUACGGGUACGGCGCUUGGAACGCAAACUCAGGAUAUCAAACCUUCGUCGUCUGUUGAACGUGGUGCUACGUUGGGAGAUCAUAGUGGUAGCGGUAUCGCUGCUGGCGAGAAAGACUUGACGUCUACCAAAACCAACAAACCAAGCAGCACAGCGAAUACCCAAGGCGUGAAAACCGAUCUGAAACCUUUGAGUUCUGAACAGAAUAAGGUGGUUGAAGAAGAAGAGGGUGUAGAAGGUUCAGGAGAGAAAUAUAUCAAGAGUACGGGUGUAGUAGCUGAAGGCGGUGAUUUCGAUGCUACGAGACCUGGAGCGGGUAGAGAGGCAGAUAGAUUGAUGGGGAAGGAGGGGAAGGUGGAGAAGAGUGAUGCGGGGGUUAGUGGGGGGACUGUGGGUGGUGUUGGUGGGGUAGGAGGAGUGGGAGAGGAUACAAGUGGGGUGAGGAAAAGUAUCAGUAGUGAGGAGGGAGAAGGUAAGAAAGAGGGGAAAUUGACGCAUUUGAAAGAGAAGAUUAAGGAGAAGUUGCAUAAGCAUUAA